AAAGAAUCUUGUUUAUACCUACAAAUUCUCGGUAUUUAUUUCAUUUAGUUAACCUAUAAAAUGAUGUCAUUAUUUAUAUGUGCAAUGUUGUUUACUCUAGCAAAAGUAAAUGUGUUUUCCGAGCAUUCGACAUGUUCAGAAGGAAGCGAAUGCAUUCCUUUAAACAAAUGCAAGCUAGAGUAUCUGAACAGCAUCUUAUUUCCUUGUCAUAAUGGACUAAACUUGUACUGUUGUCCAUCUGAAGGAGUGAAGAAUGAUACAGUUACCGAUUUGCUUGUUAGAAGUAGAGAAUUGUUCCCCAAAGAGUGUGGUAUAGCAUUUAUAGAUGACAAAAUAACAGGGGGUGAAUCAGCUGACCUGGGUCAGUUUCCUUGGAUGGCUCUCCUAGGAUACAAACGUAAGUAA